CGGUACCGGCACCCCGUCCCCUGGGUAGGAGGCCAGUGUGUCGGUGUGUUGCUGCCGCGGAGCCCGGCUAUCAGCCGGGGCUGGUCCUCACGCCAGAGCUGCCGGCAGUGGGGAAAACUUUGUCAAAGCGCGGCAGCUUGGUGGGUGUUUGUCUGCAAGUAACGCUCAACUCGGUAAAAAAACUGUAGCUCCGAGCCACCCUGGCGGGCUCGGCGGCUGCUCCGCCUGUCCCGCCCCGCCCCACGGCGCGGUGAGGUGCAGGGGAACCGCGUCCCUCGCUAAUUGAUCCGUCGGUGCCGCCCGCUAACGAGGAGGUGCCGGUGGUGAGGCCUGAGCACGCUGCGACGUGCAGUGUAACAGAUCUGUUGUCUGGACAUUGGAAAUAGCUUUGGUUGUGGGCUUCUUCCUGUUGACCCAGGAGUGUUAAUGUUGAGGCCAGAUUGAAAAUAUGUCUUCGUGAAAAAGUCUUGAAAAAACUGAUCCCACUUUGGCUGUAAGAAAGUUGAAGAAAUGUUGACAUUUACUGGAGACAAAAGUAUCUUCCAAAUAGAAGCUGCCUGUUUAAAAAAAAAACAUAUUUUUAUGGAGCAAUGUUACAUUAUUUUUUGUUGUAAUUGUAUGAAAAUCGUAACUUUUAAAUACUUACAAGUAUCUAUAAAAAGAUGGCCUAUCACAAAGUAAAUGCAGACCAGAGAGCACAGGGUCAUUCUCCAUACCUUGACAACGAUGAGCUCCAAGCUACAGCACUGGAACUGGAAUGGGACAUGGAAAAAGAGCUGGAGGAGCCUGGCUUUGACCAUUUCCAACUGGAUGGUGCAGUCCAGCAUCACCUGGGAAACUCACAGAGCCCUGACCUUGAUCUUGAGCCCAUCCAGCCUUCAUCUUCUCCAAAAGGAAGAUUCCAGCGGCUUCAGGAAGACCCCGACUAUAUCUCGCACUAUACGAGACAGGCACCAAAGAGUAACCGCUGCAGUUUUUUUCAGAUACUGAAAGUAUUUUGCACUGCUUUGAUUUUAUUUAUUUUUGGAAUUCUGAUAGGAUAUUAUGCACGCAAGAAAUGUGCUUCUCCCUCACCAUCUCAAGAACCAAAUAACGCUCAUACCUACCAUGAAAUUCUCAAGGAAAUCAAAGCUGAACAUAUUCAGCAGAUUUACAGAGAUCUGUUACAGUUCCCUAGAGAAGAUGAUGUAGACAUUGCAAUGAAAAUUCUGGUUCAGUGGCGUUCCCAAGGUCUUGAAGAUGUCCGGCUGGUAAAUUACUCUGUUUUGCUUGACCUACCGGGCUCUUCUUCAAACACAGUAACUCUGAAAAACAGCGGUGAAUGCUUUUAUCCUAGUGGGCAACAGUGCAACAGAGAGACCAAAACACUUCAUAGCCAAGACCUCCUGUACUCGUAUGCAGCUUACUCUGCCAAAGGAACUCUUGAGGCAGAGCUUGUUGAUGUACAGUAUGGGACUGUGGCAGACUUGAUCCGGAUUCAAGCCAUUACAAAUGUGACCAAAAAAAUUGCACUUUUGAAGCUAGGACAAUCACCUUUGCUUUAUAAGCUUUCUCUGUUAGAAGAUGCAGGGUUUGGUGGUGUUCUCCUUUAUGUUGAUCCUUGUGACUUACCAAAGACUACAGAUCUUACCGAUAAAGCAUUUAUGGUUUCCUUGAAUGGUGGAGGAGAUCCAUCAACACCUGGUUAUGCCAGUAUUGAUGGAAGCUACAGACAAAAUCGACUGAACCUCACAACAUUGUUAGUACAACCAAUUUCUGCAGUGCUUGCCAAAAAACUCAUUUCCUUACCUGAGGACACUGUCCAAAAAGAUAGGUGUAUACCCCUCCAAUGGCCAGCAGCAGGCAAAAAAAUAAUCAGUCUGAAUAUUCAGUCAGUCACAACUUACAAGACAAUUUCUAAUGUUAUUGGAUAUUUAAAAGGGACCGUAUUUCCCGAUAGAUACAUCAUCAUUGGUAGUCAUCACAACAGUUUGAAUAUUUACAGUGGACAAGAAUGGGCCAGUAGCACUGCUAUCAUCACAGCAUUUAUACAAGCCUUGACACUGAAGGUUAAGAAAGGCUGGAGACCUGACCGGACCAUUGUUUUCUGCUCAUGGGGAGGAACGUUAUUUGGGAACAUUGGUUCAUAUGAAUGGGCAGAGGAUUUUAAGAGAGUUCUUCAAAGAAAUGUUGUUGCUUACCUUAGCCUCCAUAAUCCAGUCACAGGCAACUCAACUUUACAUCCUGUUGCAUCUCCUUCUCUUCAGCAACUGGCAGCAGAGAGCCAGAGCUUCAAGUGUGUGGAAAAGACUAGAUGUCCAGGAUCUAAUGUGAGUUCUGUGCAGAUACAGGGAGAUUCAGAUUAUUUCAUCAACCAUCUCGGAGUACCUGUCACGCAGUUUUCUUAUGAGGACAUCAAGACGUCAGAGAAUUCUAGCUUUCUUUCUGAAGCUCUUUUUCCUGUACAUGCAACAAAAACUGAAGAACUGGAUCCCUCCUUCAGCCUGCACGAGACCAUUGCAAAGCUAACAGGACAAGUGACUUUGCAAAUUGCCAAUGAACCAGUUUUGCCGUUUAAUGCCCUCGACAUCGCGUUAGAGGUUCAGAACGGUCUUAAAGGUGAUGAAGCAGACAUUCCUCAGUUACUUGCAGUGGCAUCACGUCUGAGGGACACCGCAGAACUGUUCCAAUCUGAUGAGAUGCGCCCAGCUAAUGACCCAAAGGAGCGAGCUCCUAUCAGAGUGAGGAUGCUCAAUGAUGUGCUACAAAGCCUGGAGAAAAGCUUCCUGAUUCAUCGAGCUCCUCCAGGACUCUACAGAAAUAUUCUUUACAGACUAGAUGAAAGGACAAGCCAGUUUUCAGUACUACUAGAGGCACUGGAGCACUGCAAACUGCAUCAGUCAAAUGAGACCAUUCAAGCAGCUUUGUCAGAGGUACUGAACAGCAUCAAUUCAGCUCAGGUUUACUUCAAAGCAGGACUUGAUGUGUUUGAGACUACCUUAGCUGGAAAGAAAUGAGAGAAUUCUCUGCAUUCUAAGACAAUUGUUUACAACUUGCUAAACAAAAGUUCAGCUUGGACCAGAAUUUCUCUGAGGAUGAAACCUUUCUCAGCUUUUCUUUCAGUUGGCACUUAAAGGUACCACAAUGUGUGUUUUUAUAAAUAAAAAACAGUCUUUUGCACUGUUCAUGAUAUA